AUGAAUGCGGUAGCAAGAAGCGCGUGGAAGGUGUUGAAACGGUCUAGUCAGGGCGUGGAGUCAGUGACUCAGUUGGAGUACCAUCGUCAUGAGCAAUUGAUAGGGAUUUGGGUGAAGGCGAUGAACGGGAACUUAGAGUGGGCCCUGACGGUUAUGCAAAUGAAGAUGACAUCGAGGGGGAUUGAAAGGAUGAUAAAGCAAGAGCAAACCCACCACCUCAAAAACUCUGAGAAACUAAUCUCGGCUUGCAAGAAUCUCGAGCAGAAGCUCCGGUCUCAAGACUUUGCUCGCAAGCUCAAGGCCAUCCUCCUCAAGAAAGUCAAAAGCUCAGAUUCAGAAAUUCUGAACCAAACCCCCCCACCGACGCCGUCCCCGACCACUAAAACUGCUCUGACUUUCUCACCCAGGAGCGUACGGAAAUGA